CAGGCUAAAUUAAAAUAAUAUUACUAAUUAUUACUAUAUAAGACUAUGGAACGCUCAACAUAAAUAUUAAAAAUAUGAAUAUUUAUGUUUCGAAGUUUCCCGUAUUCUGUACCAUCACAAAAUAAUAAAAAAAAUUAACAAUAAAUGUAUUUUAUCAUGUUCUGUAUUUAGCUGAAUAUUAAAAUUAAAAUUAAAUAAUAAGUUUUUAAUUAUAUUCAUAACGUAAUAUUUAAUAUUCUGACAUACAUUUUUGCUUAGUCAUUGGGCACUUUUACUGCUUUGCUAUUGUAUGAAUAAUCCGAGUUCUGCUCCAACUAUAAAAAUGGUUAACAAGAAAAAUAUAUUAUAUGGACCUGCUAUUCCAAAACAUAUCUUGGAGAGUAAAUCAAAUCUAAGCCAAUAUUUUAUUCGACUUCUUGGUCAACAUGGAAAUAGAAUUGCAAUGGUUGAUGUUCACGACAACUCCGAAGUUACUUUUAAUGGUAUUUUGAACACAAGCCUCAAUAUUGCAAGUUGGUUAAAAUAUGAAUGUGGAGUACAAAAAUCCAAUGUUGUUGGAAUAUUCAGUGAAAAUACUAUUUGGUAUCCAGCUAUAAUGUUAGCUGUAUGGCAUGUCGGCGGUAUUUGUGCAUUAUUUAACCCGAGUUACAAUAAACAGGAACUAUUACAUGUGCUUAAUAUUUCCAAACCUAAAAUUAUGAUUACUUCUAAGAGUGGUUUAAAUGCAGUCAGACAAGCUACCAAUGAAAUAGAUUGUGUUAAGUACAUUUGUCCUAUUGAUACAAUUAUAAACUUAAAAAACACCAGUGUAACAAGUUCAUUUGUACCCGUUAAUUAUGAUAAUAGUCAUACUUGUGUAUUAUUGUGUUCAAGUGGAACUACAGGCCUACCAAAAUGUGUUGAAUUAACACAUAAGACUAUGCUAUUAAUGACUGACGUUCUUAACUAUAUGAAAUCAUUUGUAAACGAAAAGGACGUUUUGAUGGGCUUAGUUCCUAUGUACCAUGGUUAUGGAGUACUGGUAAUGAAUUUGUGCAUGUCGAUUGGUAGCAAGACUAUUCUGAUUAAAUUCUUUGAGGGAAACUUAUAUUUAAAAUCCAUCGAAGACUAUAAAAUUACAGUUUUGUUUGCGGUUCCGCCAUUAAUGGUGUAUCUUGCAAAAAGUCCAUUAGUGAAUAAAUACAAUCUGUCCAGUAUACGUGUAAUUUAUUCAGGAGCUGCUCCGUUAUCUCAGGAUAUAGAAAUAGAAGUUGCUAAGAAAAUAGGCAAAGGUAAAUCUAUAGAGGUUCAACAAGGAUAUGGAAUGACAGAAUUGUCGAUUUUGGCAACGUGUGCUGAUGGAAGUAAUGCUAAUAAUAAACCCUUACCCGGUGCAGUAGGCAACGUAAUGUACGGCAUGUUAGCUAAGGUUAUUGAUUUGGAUACUGGCAAACCGUUAGGCCCUUUUAAAAGUGGGGAGCUUUGUUUUAAAGGCCCAAUGGUAAUGAAAGGUUACUAUAACAAUUCCGAAGAAACUUCAAAUAUAAUUGACCAAGAAGGUUGGUUGCAUACUGGUGACGUUGGAUACUAUGACAAAUACUACAAUUUUUACAUUGUAGAUAGAAUUAAAGAGCUAAUUAAGUAUAAAGGAUAUCAGGUUGCCCCAGCAGAAUUGGAAUCAGUUUUAUUGACUCAUCCCGAUAUUGAAGACGCUGCUGUAACUGGACUACCUAAUCCUAUAGCUGGCGAAUUACCGAUUGCGUUUGUGGUCAAGGCUAAAGACUCAAAACUUGGUGAAAUGGAUGUUGUAGAAUUCAUUAAUAAACAAGUGUCAUCACAAAAACGUCUUAGAGGAGGUGUACGAUUUGUAGAUGUCAUCCCUAAAAAUCCAAGUGGUAAAAUAUUACGAAAGGUUCUUAAAAGUAUGCUUAACAAAUCAAAAAUUUAAGCAUAAUUCAUUGAGUUGUAAAGUGUGCUUUAAUUAGUUUUAACUUAAAUGUUAUGUUUAAAAUUAACAAAUGGCAUUCCAAGUGAGUUUUGAUGUGGUGGCUUUUUGUUAAUUAUAAUACAAUUUAUUUAUAAUUUUAUUAUUGUGUUUUGGAAUUAAAUGUAUUGAAGCUAGGUGUAUUUUGUUUGUUUUAACAAUGAAUAAAUGUUUAUCUAAUUUUAA